UUUCGCCGGCUGCGUGACAUCACUAGCAGCAGUAAAACAAAACAACACGCGCAAAAAAAAAGAGAAACUGCAUUGUUUACCAGAUUUUAAGGCACCCGAGACCCAACCUAAAUCCUGCCGAGAUGGACAUCCUACUGGCCAAUGUGAGCGGGCUGCAGUUCAAGGCGGAGCGGGAUUUGAUCGAGCAGGUGGGCGCCAUUCCGCUGCCCUUCUACGGCAUGGACAAAUCCAUUGCGGCCGUCUGCAAUUUCAUCACCCGGAGUGGCCAGGAGUGCGACAAAGGAAGCGCCUGUCCAUUCCGACAUAUUCGCGGCGACAGGACGAUUGUGUGCAAGCACUGGCUGCGCGGACUGUGCAAAAAGGGCGACCAGUGCGAGUUCCUUCACGAGUACGACAUGACCAAGAUGCCCGAGUGCUACUUCUACUCCAGAUUCAAUGCCUGCCACAACAAGGAGUGUCCCUUCCUGCACAUCGAUCCGCAGAGCAAGGUGAAGGACUGUCCGUGGUACAAGCGCGGCUUCUGCCGCCAUGGCCCCCAUUGCAGGCAUCAGCAUCUCCGGCGCGUCCUGUGCAUGGACUAUUUGGCCGGGUUUUGCCCCGAAGGACCCGCCUGCAAGCAUAUGCAUCCACAUUUCGAACUGCCCCCGCUGGCGGAACUGAGCAAGGAUCAGCUGCACAAGAAACUGCCCACGUGCCACUAUUGCGGCGAGCUGGGCCACAAGGCCAACUCGUGCAAGCAGUAUGUGGGCAGUCUGGAGCAUCGCAACAACAUCAAUGCCAUGGAUCACUCGGGCGGAGGGCAUUCUGGCUACUCCGGUGGUCAUUCUGGCCAUUCCGAGGGCAAUGACAAUGACAACUCCAACCCCAACAACAGCCACCACAGUCAGCAUGGUCCACAUGGGCAACAUGGUGGACCCGGUGGUGGUGGUGGCGGUUUCGUCAAGGUGCCCACGCCGCUGGAGGAGAUCACCUGCUACAAGUGCGGCCACAAGGGACACUACGCCAACAAGUGUCCCAAAGGACAUCUCGCCUUUCUCUCCAAUCAGCAUAGUCAUAAGUAGUAUCCUCUGCUCUGUAUGAUUAGAUUGUAAGCGAGUGCAGCAAAUAAAGGUUGAAAAGGGUUCCAUUCCGGCCCCCAGAAGCCACAGAGAUCGAAAGAUCCUUACUCCAUUGAUCAUUUCAUCCCUGACAAGAGUGUUGGCCUGCAUUUUUCGAAAAUGUCCUAUUAACUGCCAGUAGAUUGUAUUUUGUUAUCAGCGAAAUAAAAUUUGUCUUAAGAAUCUAAAUAUA